AUGGGUCUGGCAUUGUACGACUCAUCGGACCCCUUGGUGGGAAUGACCCAGGCGCUACGCGAGGAACGUCACGUGUCUCGAAUCCGCGCCCCGCGUCCCCCGAGACAUCCUCCCAAGGUGCGCCACACGAAAUGCGACUGCGGCUACGGAGGCUAUGCCAAGAUCCCCAUCCGGGAGCACAACGCCCUCAAAGAUGCGCACUGGCUGCACGCCAGGCCUCAGCCCAACAAACGCCACUGCAGCAGCAGCAGCAGCAGCUCAUUUUUCCCAUCUCCGUUCAAUGCCGCUCACAGGAGCGACAUCCCCAUCGCCAUACCCCGACAACGCCCGAGGAGCCGCGUCGCCUGGGCGACGUACGUCAACGAAGGCGUAGAUUUGCAGCCGGCGGGAUCCUCAGACGGUCUUUCGCCGUCUGCUCCGCGCCGCCAAGCCCGCCGCCCACCAUCCCUGGAGCGCCAAGACGCGUUUCGAGACCCGAGCAGCAGUACCCCGUGGCGCCGGCGCUCGGCCGACGAUUAUUUCGGGCAGGAGGUCGACGUCAGUGGUGCGGACGCGGCCGCAGCCCUAGCGGCCGAGGAAAUUGCGGACCUUUACGACUUGGGGCUGUUGUACGACGAUGAACACGUCCGCGGCUCCGGUUUUGGGUUCGACGUCCUGACGCGCAACGCCCAGGAGCAGCCGCAGUAUAACGUCCGCUUUCGCCGCGCGGCCGGGCAAAAUUCCAAAAGCUUUGGUCGGAGAAAUGCCCGUCGUUUAGAGCAGCUGCAAAAUCAUAUCCCCUCAGCUGUCGACGCUGCCGAUCAUCUCACCUCACCCGACGGGGAGGAACUGGAGUGGUGCUCGGACGACUUCGAUGUUUUGUCUAACCAGGACGGCAGCGUUCUGGUCAAUCUGGGAUCAGAUAGCGAUGAUGAAUGCGCCGCCAGAAGCACUGACUGGGUCCUUUUGAACAAGAUAACGGAGGAAGAUUGA